CACAUCGUUAUUGGACACUCAGUCGAGAUGAGGUGCGAUCUUCAAGUGCAUUUUUUGUUAUUACUGGGAAUUGGGGCUUGGCGGACUGCAGCCCAUUCCCUGGGAGGAGGUGCCAUCGAAGCGGUUGGAGGAGUGGCAGCCAUUGGCGGAUUGGGUGGCAUCGGAGGAGUCCAGCAGGUUCCCGUUGUGCAACAAGUGCCCGUUGUCCAACAGGUUCCCGUCGUGCAACAGGUCCCCCUCAUCCAACAGCAGCCACAAGCUCUUGGCCUGGCAGGUGGAGGUGGAUUCGUUGGUGGCGGAAUCGGAGGCGGUGCAGGUUUUGGACGCUACAAGGAAAGCUACCGUGUGCGAGCGAGGGGAUUCGGCGGUGGAUACCGCGCCCGGUACGACAAGAAAUUUGGAGGAGGAUUCGCCGGAUUUGGUGCUGCUGGAGGAGCGGGUCUAGCUGGUGGCGGUCUGCUGGGAUAAAUACUAGCAUGUUAUGUAGAUUAAUAACCAUUGUUAUUAUUAAUAAAUUGUAUUAGUAC